GGACUUCGGAAAACCACCUCGUCCUGAACUCGAUAGCUGCAUUAGCUAUACGGAUUAACGGCAGCUUUAGCGCUUAUUGCCAUCAUAUGAUAGUGUUUCCACUUGUUCAUUCAAGUCUUUUCAAUCGGAGGACGGUUGUUUGGCCCACUUUGGAGCGGGCUACCACAGCGGGAGGUGGGAAGCCUCGUAAUCGGUUGUUUCCCCGCUGGAGCGGACGGAGCUGUGGCUGUGGCCGGGCUGCCCCGCCGGACUGUCGGACGAAGAUUCCACACGGAAUAUAUUCAACAGCAACUAUAACAAACCUGCCGUUUUUUAUUUACAGAAGGAGAGCGGAAAUGCAAAAUUAAACGUCGUUUUUCCAGCUAUGCGAAGGAGCUUACCGACGAGAAGUUUGAUUGGAGAGCGGAGUGCGCUCGUUUUCCAGUCCGAUGGAUGUUAGCCCUGCCCGGCUGAGGCUCGGCUCUGUGCGCCGCUCUGCUGAAAACGGCACCAGCACAGGUGAACACGUCUGUUCAUAACAAUGCUGCAGACCUGGCAGGUACAUGACAGCCCCGGCUCCACUGCUAACAAGUCUGCCAGUCUGUAAACCUGGAAAUACCACCAACCAUCCCCUCCUGCUCUUCAUCCUCCUCUUCCUCCCUUCUUUUUUUGGACUAGUCAGGCUUGCAUUACCUGAGAUAUUUUGGAUUUUGACAUGUUAAAGAUGCCCUUUUUCCAGAGACAGUACUCCUCGGAGCUGCAAGACAUUUAAUUUGACUGAGUCGUUUUGAGGUUGUUGUCCUUUUUUCUCUUCUUCUUUUUUAAAAUUCUCUUUAUAAUCAGGGGAUCAGAUUCGGAUGGAAAAUGGGAGACGCCACCAAACUGGCCUUCGCCGUUUUCCUCAUCUCCUGCUCUUCAGGUGCCAUCCUGGGACGCUCAGAGACGCAGGAGUGCGUUUAUUACAACUCCAGCUGGGAGAAGGAGCGGACAAACCGCAGCGGCAUCGAGCCAUGCUACGGCGAGAAAGACAAGCGGCGGCACUGCUUCGCCACGUGGAAGAACGUCUCCGGCACCGUGGAGAUCGUAAAGCAGGGCUGCUGGCUGGACGACGUCAACUGCUACGACAGUAACGAGUGCGUGGAGAGGAAGGAGAGUCCCGAUGUUUUCUUCUGCUGCUGCGAAGGCAACAUGUGCAACGAGAGGUUCCUGUACGCCCCUGAAGCGCCCCCGCAGAGCGACCCGCACCAUUCAACCGCCUACACCACCUCCAACCCGUUCUCCCAGAAGCCCCAGCUCUUCAGCACUCUGCUCUACUCGCUGGUUCCCAUCAUCGGCCUGGCCGCCGUCGUCCUCUUCUCUUUCUGGAUGUGGAGGCACCACAAGCUGGCCUACCCGGCUGCCCUCGUCCCCACACAUCACGCCUUUCACAUUAUGGUGGAGGAUCCCGGACCCUCACCCCCGUCCCCCGUUCUGGGGCACAAACCGCUGCAGCUGAUCGAGGUGAAGGCAAGGGGGCGCUUCGGCUGCGUUUGGAAAGCCCAGCUGCUCAACGAAUACGUGGCUGUUAAGAUCUUCCCCAUUCAGGACAAGCUGUCUUGGCAGAACGAGUAUGAGAUGUACAGCGUGAGCGGCAUGAAGCACGACAACAUCCUCCACUUUAUCGGCGUGGAGAAGAGGAACAACAACCUGGACCUGGACCUGUGGCUCAUCACCGCCUACCACGACAAGGGCUCUCUGACGGACUACCUGAAGGCCAAUGUUGUUUCCUGGAACGAGCUCUGCCACAUCGCCCAGUCGGCGGCCCGCGGCCUCGCCUACCUCCACGAAGACAUCCCCGGACACAAGGACGGCCACAAGCCCUCCAUCGCUCACAGGGACAUUAAGAGCAAGAAUGUGCUGUUGAAGAAUAACCUGACGGCCUGCAUAGCUGACUUUGGCCUUGCACUGAAGUUUGAAGCUGGAAAAUCUGCAGGAGACACACAUGGACAGGUGGGAACGCGGCGCUACAUGGCUCCUGAAGUCCUGGAGGGCGCCAUCAACUUCCAGCGCGACUCCUUCCUGCGUAUCGACAUGUACGCCUUCGGCCUGGUCCUCUGGGAGCUCGCGGCACGGUGCACCGCCGCCGACGGCCCGGUGGACGAGUACAUGCUCCCCUUCGAGGAGGAGGUAGGUCAGCAUCCGUCUCUGGAGGACAUGCAGGAGGUGGUGGUGCAUAAGAAACUGCGACCAUGUCUGAGAGACUGCUGGCAGAAACACACGGGUCUGGCCAUGCUCUGCGAAACCAUCGAGGACUGCUGGGACCACGAGGCCGAGGCUCGCCUGUCCGCCGGCUGUGUCGAGGAGCGAAUCGGCCAGAUGCAGCGCCAGGCGCCCGUCAUCGGCCCGGAGGAGAUCGUCACCGUCGUUACCAUGGUGACGAACGUGGACCUUCCGCCCAAGGAGUCCAGCUUAUGAUCAGCCAAUCAGACGACGUCGGAUGCGGAAACACGGAUCAACACGAGGGGAUAAACAGUCGACCCUGGUUGGUUGGCUUAUUCUUUUUUUUUUUUGUUUUUCUUCGUUUGCAUUUUUGUCUUUUUUCUUUUCUCUCUUAUUUCUUUCUUUUAAGUGCGGGCCGCUACUUGCUUUUCAGGAAACACCCUGCGCCCACCUCACCACAUCAGUUGAUAUCCACCUCAUUUUUGAUAUGUGUGCCUGAGGAAUUUUAACAUUUUAUCGGUCGAGACGAUUCAGGAUAUUUACCACGACAAACGACGUCACCGUGCUGUGACCGUGCUGGGAUGACAAACUCUUUUAUCAUGUAUUGUUUUUAUAUACAUACACACACAUAGGAGGGCGACCUGUUCUGCUCGGUUUUCUACGGAGAGAGAAGAUCUUGCGGAGAAAUUUCACAGAACUCUCAGUGCAUUUUAGUGUAUAAAAAAAAAAAAAAGAAAAAAAGACGAGCGGCCUGGCUCUUGAUACAUUUGCUGUUUUCUUGUGUGCGUUUUUUGAAGAAACGACUAUCAUUCUGCCAAUAAGCAACGGCUUCUGAAUGUUUAUAGUGUAAUGCUGCUGUACAUAGUGUAUUAUGGACCCAGACAACUUGGUAAUCAAGCUUAUUUUAAAGGAGGGAUGGGGGAGGGGGGUCCAUUUUCAAGCAUUACAACGAUAAAAACCAUAAACCUCCUUCAACCAGGUAUACCUCAGUUCAAAUGGACACGGUUUAAAUUAGUCCCUCUCCCUAUUCACGGUCAUAGCUCACACUUUCCACAACCUUGGCUCUCCAUGACCUCCAAACAACCUGCUGUCAGCCAUGACGCUCAUGGGUAGUGUAGUCAGCAAAGCCUCGAUAUUCAUGGCCAUACACACUGUAAACACAAGUUUCUCCCUGUUUCCUCCCCUUUUCUCAAGUCUCUAGUUUUGCUCCACUUUGAUUUUAUUGACUUUCUCCUUUUGUUUUGUUAUUUUUUAGAUUUUCUGAUAAUGGGAUAAAAAAAAAAUAAGAACAUAGCCCCAUGAUGAAGUUGUCGUUUAAAGUGAUUUUAUUUUCCGUUUUGGUUUGCCGUGUCAACUGUCAACGGAGUAAUUAUCUAUCGCUGACAAGCUUAAUUUUGGUAAUGAGAUCUGGAUAUAUGGAUUUAUAUCUCUCUGGAUUAGCGCUGGGUACCAGCCAAUAAUAAUUCUUAAUAUUUGGUAUCAGAACCAAGAUGCCAAACUCUUGGAGCAUCUUGUUCUUCUCAUUUUGUGAAAUUUGUUGUCUGAUUCUUUUUUGAAAAUGCACCUGGUCUGUUUAUUUUAAGAUUUAAAGUGCAGUACCCAGCCCUACUUUGGAAUUUGUAUUUAGCUGAGCCAGCUUGAUUUUGAUUUGAUUGCACACAUCGUUUUUGGGGGGGGGGGGUUUGGAUUACUAUCAAGAGUUUCUGCUCUCUUUUGAUACACCUCAGGAAUCUUUGCUACUCACCACCCCCUCGCAUCCUUCACCUCCUCCUCAUCCUCACCUGUCUCGAACUGGAGUACCUCUUCUCUUGCAGAUUCUUACGCUUCCUCUGUCUCUUUCUCGCCUCGUCUCGACUUGCAAAGGUUUAGCCAUGCUGUUGUGAAACUUACAUUUGAGCUUUCAUCUAUUCAGUCUGUAGGUUCUGACUGAACUUGUCCCAUUUAUAUAUGCAGGUGUUUAUUUAGAGCUAAGUCUCAGGCGCCAUCCUCCUACCCCUGCACUAUUUGGAUUUCUCCUUGACUACUGGAAACAACAGGUGAAGUAGAGGUAGGUCAGUGUCUCCCCAUGUGCAAAACACUUUGCCUUCAACACUCACUUGCAGGAGCACCGUUGCUGCAUCCUGGGCUAAGCACUGCAUAAGGUGAUUGCAGUUGUUUUAAAGAAUUACAAACAAGCCAGUGUUUUUCCCUUCUAUUGGAGAAUAAUGGUGUAGUCACACAAUUAUAUAGUGCUGAUGAGUCCCUUUUUAGAAACUGAGUGGAAACAUGUUCAUAUGGGGUAGUGGUGGCUCAGCGUUUUGGACUGCUGAUCAGAGGGUUGGAGGUUGAAGCCCCAGCACCAACAAGCUGCCAAUGCUGGACCCACGAGCAAGGCCCUUAACCCUCAGAAGUCUAACUUACUAACAGACUGGGAUAUGCAAAAAGACAAUUUGUCCAUACCAGAUCAAUAAAAUUCAAUAAAUGAGUAAAUAAGUACUGCGUCAGGGACUAUAGCCCUUAUGGAUGUGUCCAAGUGCCCCAUUGCUGUGCUUUUUGUGGAUGACAUGGUUCUGUUGGUAUAGAAUGAGAUCAUGGAUACAAGUGGCUGAAAUUAGGUUCCUCUUUUGGCCUUAGAGAUCAGGUGAGGAGCUUGAGGUAGGGUUGCUUCUGUUUUGUGUCAAAGGGAAUCACCAAGGCAGUUUGAGCAUCCAAUUAGUUUGCCUCCAGGGCAACUUCCUUUGGAGGCUUUUACAUUGGGAAACUCUGAGGAAACUCCAUGGUAGACGCAGAACUCACUAGAGGAUUACAUAUCUCAUCUGGCCUGGGAACGCCUUUGGUCGCCCCAGAGAAAAUGAAAAACGUUGCUGAGAAGAGGGAUGUCCAGAGUUCCCUAGUGGCUUUCUGCCACUGUGACCCAAGAAAAUGGAUGCAUGGAUGAUACAUGAAGCUAGUGGAUACUUCCUUGUCCUUGUAGAUCUAAACAUCCAUCUCCAGAAGGAAGCCAAAAAAAUCCUCAACGCAGACUCUAAUCAGGGAUUGGUGACAUUGGUGAUAUAGCAUAAUUUUUCUUAUCGUUUAGACCCACCUGGCUUUCGGUUGUCAAUUUUCACUAAAUAAGUAAGUAUUAAAGAUAAACUGCCACUUUAAUGCCAAUCAUGCAGCGCUAAUACUAACGAUAACCAAACAAUUGCACAGCUAGCUUCAGUUCGGUGAGUCAAGGCGAGGAAUCUCUCUUUCUCUCUUUCAUCCUGGUGCCAUUUCUACGUCUCCACAUUAGUUACUCUUGUAGAUGUCAGGCAAAACGGAUGUAUCUGUCGCUGUUGUUUAGGCAACAGCGACAUUUUUGAGUCUUUAUUUCCUCUGAGGGACAUUGAACACUGGUGCCGGCAGACCUGCAGUCUCUCCUCAAGCUUUGGGAUGGUUUCGGGGGGCACAGUUUAAGAUCAAGUGCUGGUGCAGACGUGGAAAAUGUGAAGAAACUUCUUUUCACCAAACCAGUUCACAUUCAGGACAGUAGCAUUUUGAGUACUGUAAAAGUCGAGGAAGUAAGAACCAAGAUUUAGAAGUAAAACACUAAAAAACAUAAACUGAUUAGGAGUCUCUCGCACAAAAUUUGGAUAGGGGAGUCGAAGCUUCCGUUCUUUGUGAGCACUUUCAUAAACCCAGUUUGAUAUCGGUAGAGUUUUUGGCAUUUGUCUCAAAUUCGUACAGAAUGGGGCCCAAAUGGUUUAAUAGAAAGUUAUCCUGACUGGCUUGAGGAAAAUAAAAUAUUAACAGGAACUAAAAGGAUUCUGAGAGUUAAGAUUUGCUGAAUAAAGGCAGGACAAGUCCACCAAGUUUAAGAUAUCACUUCAGCGCUCGAUAUUGCAACAACACAUCAAACCUGAAGGAAGUCGAAGCCAUCAUCUCGUUAUUUACUUACUGUAGCACGAGUACAAUAUUUGCAUUGCUUCCUAAUGCUGCUCUGCUGUCUUUUAAUUAACGCCGUCUACGAGUCCUCGUGACCAGUCAGGGACGAUCAGUACUGCAAACCCCAGCAGCCCUUCAAUAAGUACUACCUCACUCGCAUGGAUUUCUUUGGGGUAGAAAGUGUGGCAAAUAAACCAAAACCAUAACCAGGUUUCCUACUGUAGAAAAGGGAUUCAAAAUCUUAAGUUAACAUCACUUGUUCCCCAUAAAAGCUAAAAAGAAGUUUCCUCAUUGUUACCACGAUGCAUUUUCUGGUCCUAUGAAGGGUUUUCAUCACGACUGACCAACAGCAGAAGGAUAUUUUGACACAAACGCACAAAAAAACACACCAGUAUUAGCCCCUUUGUUUGCCCUCAAGUUUGUGUCCUCGAAUUCUUACCAGUGUUUUAGCAGCCAAGUUUUAUAAGCAGCCUCCAGAUGUUACCUGCCAAAGUGGCCGCAAGAGUCGACAAACCUCUCAGCCACAGCAAACAGACUUGCUAGCAUUUGGUUGGUAGUUUCGGUACUGUAGGUGGACACCGGUGGAUGUUGUUGAGUUUAAACUGUGCUCGCGAAACCGACCCAAACCGACAAAUACCAUUCAGGGAUUCAGUACUAUGCUUUUCUAAGUUCUAGCAAGUUAUAUGCAACCAGUGCCGCAAACUACCCUACACUUCUGUAGGACCAGCUGCAGGAGUGACUUUCAAUACACAAACACACACACUUGCACACACAAAUAACUUGUAGCAUUUUAAUUUUUUUUUUUUUAAAUAAUCCGUGACCUUGCAUAUUGAUAUGUUGUAUUUAUUUUUUAAUUUUACCGGCCUGAGGUUUUUGGGGAUCAGAGCUCAGGUGCAACUCGGAAUAAAGUUGGCACGAUUUUUUUUCUUUUUUUUUUGGCGGUUGUUGGUUGGGAGGGAGGGGGUGGGUGGGUUGUAAUUCAGGAAAUACUUUCAUUAAUUCUAAAAGGAAAAAAAAAAGAUAUAAACUGUAACAUGCUUCUUUCUAUUCAGUCUAUGGACAAAAACAAAAACGACCGAGAAUGAAUGUUUCUUCAGACUCCUGGAUUCCAGUAUUGUGUGUACUUUGAUGGAUUGAGCCCGGCCCCAUGUAACUUUAGAGGGCUUUGCGUUUGGCUGGUUUCGUGUGAUUGUGCCCUGUCUUGUAGGAAGUAGUAAAACCAACAAAUUGGGAUUUCCACUCAUACGCCUCUUGAGCAACCAAAAGUAAAGAAUUGACCACAAACAAACCUCUUUGUACAGCAUCUUAGCUUGUCUUCGUCCAAUCUUCCGCCUGAUUAAAGCGACCGGAGAUGAUCCUAUCUGCCAUUUUGCCAAACAAAUCUCUAUUCCGACUCAUUUAAAGGUGUACGAAUUGGUUUUCCCAGCGUGCAGGCUUUACGAUUUUCUACCACGACUUCCUCCAGCCCAGCACCUCACAUUGCUGUGCAUAUAAACUACCAGUGAAACAUUUGUGUCUUGUUGCCCCGCCCCCUCCCCACACUAUUUUACGCAGUCUAGGAUCUGUACAGACAUGAGAACAUAAAUACCUGUAUCAACUAUAUACUCUGAGCUGAAUCUUUAUAAGUGCGUGUUGAACUUCAGUGUUUCCUCUACAUUCAUUUAUACUUUUCUUGUGUUUCGACUCGGCCUGGCUGCAUUUAAUAACGGCCCCUCCACUAAAUAAUGUUUCAGUUGAGCUUUGUGUAAGCUAAAAGCUAGAGGCUCAUUGGAGUACCUUGUAAGAAAGCACUUAAGGGUUCAUCAGCAGAAAACAAACACGACGGCUUUCCUCAGGGAGCCUGUUCGGAUCCUCUUGCAUUUAAAAAAAAAAAACCUCCUUGAAAGCUCUCUGAGAGCAGUUGCAAUACUCCACAUGUGACAACACAAUCAUCCACUACAGGUAUUUCAUUCCAGCACCUCCUCCUUUUUCCCUACUUCAUGGUAAGAAUUUUGGAGGAAACAUUGAACUCCAGUGACCUCGCCGCUGAGACCGUCUUGGCAGCAAGAUAAGUCCAGUCACCAGGCCUGAAAUUUCUAUGAAAAAGACGAAUAAUAAUGAAAAAAAACACUACAAGCGUUUUUGACCCCACAUUUCUCGAUGCUCUGGAGUCGCAGCGCUGAUCCAGGAUCCGGUUUUCUAAUCGGUAAUGAUGCUCAUGGGGUUUUUUCAAGGCCAGAAACUUCAGCGGGUUGCGUCUCUUAGCGGUUUCUUUACUCCUGAUACGUGUGACUUUAUGUUGCCGACUCAAAAAAAAUGUGAAAAUGGAAAGAAACUAAGGUCUGUAAUUUCAAACUGGAAAAUGUAUGAAGUACAACAGAAGCAUCCCGCUGGGUUUUGUUGAGCAGGAGUGAGUCUUUACCAGCUCCAGGGGUUCUCAUCCCUUUGAAAAGUAUUAUGCGGAAGAAAAGCCUUCAGAAACCCGGAGUUCAUUAUCGCACAGGAGACAGAUGUGAUCCCUGAUCAGCGCUGGGACUCUCAGCUAAUGGUUUUUAUCAGCUGAAGUGAUCCACGUGAUGUAAAUAAAUGUGUUUUUAGAUUGUGAA